GGUGAGGACGUUUGCGGAGCAAGAUUUCUAUACGACCCAGAUACAUACAUACAUUUGUAUGUAGAAAGAGAGCUCGGUGGUGGUAGUGAAGCGCUCGAGAUCAACAUUGCGAUCUCGUUUGAGAUUCAAACGCUGUGCUGUGCGAUUGAUCAGCGGGUAAACCCGACCUAGUCUGCCGUCUGAUCUCCACUGGAGCUGACGCUAUACCUGGUGAAGUUCUAUUCAUAUGAACGUACAUAUGUACAUACAUCUGUACAUAAAUUAAAGGCAAGGCGAAAACUUGCAGUUGAUUAAAGCCAGUCUCUUGGGGGCAUAGAAUAUCGAAAAAAGAAAACAAACAAAGCCGCAACGUGACACAGAGUCCGAGAAAAGCAAAGAACCUGUUUCGAGUCUGUAUAAAUUUUAGCUGGCUUCGAAAUGACCAUGGUGCCGGAGACAACUUUCGCUGACCUGAGCUUGGCAGAUAAGACGGCAGUUAAGAAGUCGAGCAUUAUAGCUCGACGAUUUUCCGAUGUGUCCACCUGCUCGUUAAGCUCCACUUGUUUUACGGGGAGUUCAGAUGAGGACGAAGUUUCCCCGAAGGACAACAGGCAGCGAAACUCCAGCGGCAGCACCGAUUUUUGUAUAAAGAAUAUUAACAAGAGUUCGUUUGGCCGCAGGGAGAUCGAUAUUGCGGAGUCGGAAAUGCCUGGCAUAAUAAGUCUGCGGAAGCGGGCAUACGAGGAGAAGCCCUUGAAGAAUGCCAAUAUAGUCGGCUGCACACACGUGAAUGCGCAGUCAGCUGUGCUCAUUGAGACUCUAGUCCACCUGGGUGCCUCUGUCCGGUGGGCGGCCUGCAACAUCUAUUCGACACAGAACGCUGUGGCUGCGGCAUUGGCUGAGGCAGGAGUGCCAAUCUUCGCCUGGCGCGGCGAAACCGAAGAGGACUUCUGGUGGUGCCUGGACAAGUGUAUCCACAAGGAGGGCUGGCAGCCAAAUAUGAUCCUGGAUGAUGGCGGGGAUGCCACACACUUGAUGCUCAAGAAGUAUCCGGACUAUUUCAAAUCGAUCAAGGGAAUUGUGGAGGAAAGUGUGACUGGUGUACAUCGGCUGUACAUGCUAUCAAAGGCCGGCAAAUUGACCGUCCCGGCAAUCAAUGUCAACGACUCGGUGACAAAGAACAAGUUUGACACCUUCUACACCUGCCGCGACUCCAUUCUCGACAGUCUGAAGCGCACCACGGAUAUAAUGUUUGGAGGCAAGCAGGUCGUUAUCUGCGGAUACGGGGAUGUUGGCAAGGGCUGUGCACAGUCAUUGAAAGGCCAGGGAUGCAUCGUCUAUGUCACCGAGGUUGAUCCGAUAUGUGCUCUUCAGGCGGCUAUGGACGGGUUCAGGGUGGUGCGGCUCAUUGAAGUUAUUCGGGACGUAGAUGUGGUCAUCACGGCAACGGGCAACAAGAACGUUAUCACCCGGGAUCACAUGAAUCGCAUGAAGAACGGCUGCAUUCUUUGCAACAUGGGCCAUUCUAGUUCCGAGAUUGAUGUGAACAGUUUACACACUCCUGAACUAAUUUGGGAACGAGUGCGUUCCCAAGUAGACCAUAUAAUUUGGCCGGAUAAAAGAAAGAUUAUCCUGUUGGCCGAGGGUCGACUUGUAAACCUCUCCUGCUCAACCGUGUCGUCGUUUGUUGUGUCCGUGGCCUCCUCUACCCAGGCUCUUGCGCUCAUAGAACUUUACUCUUCACCGGGAAGAUACAAGUCGGACGUUUAUUUGCUGCCAAAGAAAAUGGAUGAAUACGUAGCCAGCCUGCACCUGCCUACGUUUGAAGCACACCUGACGGAGCUAUCGGAUGAGCAAGCCAAGUUCAUGGGCUUAAACAAGGCCGGGCCUUUCAAAGCUAACUACUACAGAUAUUGAUCACUUUACUCGCACAUUGCUUCAUUAUUCAUAUAAUUAUUCAGUAUUUUGAUGUUAAUAAAACAAGAAAGCACGGAUGAAGCUUUGCAAGCGGGUCGUUUCUUCAUCCGA